AUGGGUUCAGUCUCACAUCCCGACGCAGAUAUCUACCCAGAGGCAACAGGCGCUGCAGCCAAGAUUGUCGCGGCGCAUCAAAAGGACGAGCCCAUCACUUUGUACUCGGGAUGGUUUUGUCCCUUUGUGCAAAGAGCAUGGAUCACUCUUGAGGAGAAGCAGAUUCCGUACAAGUAUGUCGAGAUCAAUCCAUAUCGGAAGGAACCAAGGUGUGUGUCACAUCACUGCAUGUCGCUGGAACGCGUUGUGCCAAUUGAAGACAGUUUUCUGAAGCUCAACCCGCGAGGUUUGGUCCCUACAUUGGGAUGCCCUCAAGAGGAUGGGUCAACCAAGCCAUUGAUCGAGUCCAAUAUCAUCUGCGAAUAUCUGGAAGACAUGUAUCCAAACCAGACACCUUUGUGGCCCCGUGACCCCUACAAAAAAGCUGUCAUGAAAGUCUGGGUGGAUCACAUCACGACCCGGAUCCUACCUGCAUACCACAGGGUCCUGCAACACACAGAGAAAAGCCCGUAUCCCUUGGAGAAAGCACGCACCGAGCUUCUGAACGCCCUGAAGACAUGGAUUUCCAACGCUGAUCCUGAAGGUCCAUAUUUUAUGGGCAAAGACUUCACUUUCGGCGACGUAGCACUCGCACCUUGGGCCGUCAGGAUGUGGGUGCUCGACCACUUCAAGGGUGGCGUGGGCAUUCCCCCUCCAGGUCAGGGCGGAGAGGACGAGCAACUGUGGAAUCGAUGGCGGAAAUGGUUUGAUGUCGUAUCGUCGAGAAAAUCAGUGACCGAGACCAUGAGUGACAAGGAGCACUACCUGCCUAUAUAUCAGCGUUAUGCCGAAGACCGGGCGAUGAGUGAAAUGGCCAAAGCGAUUAGAGAAGGAAGAGGGGUGCCAUGA